GCGCGUACUGUGGCGUCGCGGGCCGUCUAUUAAUAUUCGGAUUGGAGACGCGGCGCGAGUGUCUAGAGCGUCGCUAGAUAGAUGGACCCUGUCUGACGGCCGCGUCCCGCAGAGCCCAGCGAGCCGCGCAGCACCAAGCCGAGCCGCAAGCCAGCGAGUGCCGUGUUUCUGUCGAGACGAGAUAAUGGUGAUAGUGGACGACGUGGGCGCGGCGGUCGCGGCAGACGCGACGGUGCAGCCUGAAUUAAAAAUGUCAGCUGGAACAAAUUUGGUCGUACCUGUCGUUCUUUGGGGGAAGUCUGCUCCGACUCAUUGCAUAUCAUGCAUUUUCUUGUCACGAGAUCAGCGCUCCCUUGUUACUGGUUGUUAUGAUGGGCAAAUAUGUCUGUGGCAGGUUGAUCCAGACACACUUCAGAUGACUCCUAGGUGCCUUCUUGUCGGCCAUACAGCACCUAUUCUUUGUUUGGCUCGGGCAUCAGUUGUUUCUGACAAUAAUUACAUUGUGAGCUCAUCUGAGAGUGGAGAGAUGUGCACAUGGGAUCUUGUUGAUGGAAAAUGUAGAGAGGUUGUCAAAUUGCCAUAUGUUCACACAAAUAUGCAGGCAUAUCACAUGUGUGGCAGUGAUGACAUCCGACUUUUUUGCAAUGGUUACUAUUCAGAAGUUUUAAUCAUGGACCCUUUUAGUUUAGAGGUACUAUUUACUCUUUCAAGCAGAAUGUCACCUGACUGGAUCAGCGCAUUACAUGUACUCCGUCCUGCCAAGAGGAAAGAUGAUGUUAUUUUGGGACUAACAACCACGGGUAUGGUUAAAGUUUGGACACUUCAAGGCAAUGAAUCAAAAGCGACUGAGCCACAUUAUGAGCAUGAGAGCAAGCAAAUACGAUGUUUGAAUGCCUUGUGCAUGAGCUGUUGUGGGGGUAAUCAGCGAACUGUUGUUAUUGUUUGCGCCAAAUACUGGCAGAUUUAUGAUGCUGGAGACUUCUCAAUCCUGUGUAGUGUUCAAGCCCCAAGAUCAGAGCGCUGGAUAAGCGCAGAUUUUCUUUCCACUGACCGUGUGAUUGCAUGGAGUGAUGAAGGAAAGGGAUAUAUGUACAAGCUUCCUGCAAACUGCGUUGCUGACAACAAGGAAUUCCACUCACCUGCUUCCGAAAGUGAUUCUCCAUUUCUGUACUGUGUUUUGGCAGUGCCAAAUGAUAAGCCUAUGUCUUGCCCUCCUGCUAUGCGUUAUCAUGAGGUUAACAGAAGUGGAAAGGUUCACAAAUACCUAUUAAGAGGUGACUCAGAUGGAGCUGUUGUUGUUUGGAGUAUUCCUGAAGUUACCAAUAGCCAGCUUGCCCAAAUCAAACAGGAAGAGUUUGAUAAACCUCCAGGGAUGCCUCCAACAGUGUCCACAAGCUUGACCAAAGCAUGGGCAGCCAUGCAGCCUUCACCUGUUGGAAUUUUAGAUCAAUUGGAAAGGGGUGGAGCUACUCGUGUUCCACUAACAGCAAGCAUGUACCUUCCUCAGCAAAGUCGCCUUGUUGUGGGUCGGGAAGAUGGAUCUAUUAUUAUUGUGCCAGCCACACAAACAGUCAUGUUACAUCUGUUGCAUGGAAACCACCAGCAGUACGAUGAUUGGCCUCCGCACCAAAGACUAAUUGGCCAUGUGGGCAGGGUGAAUUGUUUGCUGUACCCUCACCUAGUCCAUCCUCGCUAUGAGCGUGCCCACCUUGUGUCUGGGGGUGUUGACUUUGCAGUUUGCCUCUGGGACUUGUACAGUGGUACUUUGCUUCAUAGAUUUUGUGUUCAUGCUGGAGAAAUCACUCAGCUCUUAGUCCCUCCUAAUAAUUGCAGUACACGAGUUCAAAAGUGCAUCUGCUCUGUGGCAAGUGAUCACUCAGUCACACUAUUGGGUUUGACUGAGCGGAAGUGUGUAGUUUUGGCAUCUCGUCAUCUUUUCCCAGUGGUUACAAUCAAGUGGAGACCCUUAGAUGAUUUUAUGAUUGUUGGUUGUUCAGAUGGCUCUGUUUAUGUUUGGCAAAUGGAGACAGGUCAUUUGGACCGAGUCCUUCAUGGCAUCAGUGCAGAGGAAGUCUUAUAUGCUUGCGAUGAAAACACAUCCACCGCAACAUCUGGAGACUCUGGCUUGGCCAACCCAGCUGUCCAUUUCUUCCGUGGUCUUCGUCACCGAAAUCUAUCUGCUAUCAGACAUGCUACUCAGCGUGGAAUCCACCAACUGCAGCAGCUUUCCCAUCAUAACCAACAGGAUGGUUCUCUUCAACAAAAAGGGCGUGCCAUGCCCCUCAUGAUUCAGGGUCUGCGAACAAAUCCCAAAGACCCUGAGAGUCACAUCUUGUGCUUUGACAUUGAAGCACUGAUUGUGGAGCUCCUUACUGAAGAGUAUGGGGCUAUGUCACCUGGGAGCCUUGAAGCCCAGGGGCUCAUCAACCAAUCAGAAUAUGAGAAGGUCUUUGCGCUUACUCAUUCUGCUUCCCCUGAUGCGGGCAAGAAGAUUGCGGACUUCUUUGGUCGUGUAAAGGACAAAGCAGGCGACCUGGAACGUACUUUGAAGGAGAAGGAUCGUCAUGGUAUCCUUGCAAAGAUGAAGGAGGGAGCAGAGACAAUGCAGACCAAGAUCCAAGCCAAAGCGGAGAGCGUCGGUCUGAGGGCAACGGACAAAGCCGGUGGCGCGGAGGAGCAGGCCAACAAGCCGCGCAACGUGGCCUUCCUGGAGACCAACAUCACCAUGGAGAUCGCGCAGCUGCUGCUGUCGCUGCUGCACGCGUGGGGCAUGGAGCCCGAGCUGGACCGCGUGUGCGAGACCAAGCUGGGGCUGCUGCGGCCCAUGGUGCCCGUGUCCUUCGGCGUCAUCUCCAAGGGCGGCUACAUGAGCCUGCUGCUCCCCACGUGGAAGCCCAAGAUCCCCGACGGCGUGGACGCGGUCACGAUGGCGGCGACCUCGUCGCCGACGCCUCCACCGCGGCCGCCGCCGCCGACCGGAGUGUCGCUCUCGGGUCACCAGCCGCCACAGCCGGCCGCCCCGCCCGCCGCCGCGCCCGUCGCGCGCAAGUCCAUCGAGUCGGAGCUGCCGAGGGAGAUGGUGCAGCUGGAGCGGCUGACGCGCCUCUUCACGGCGCGCACACACUGGGAGCUGUCGACCACGCUCACCACCAACCACCUGCUGGCCACGAUCUCGCUGUCCUACACGCUCAUGUCCAUGAACAACGCCACCUUCGUCACGGAGCAGGAGCGCAGCCGCAUCCUCCACCGGCAGAGCACGCGCACGGCCAUGACGCCGUGGAGCCGCGCCGAGGAGGAGACGGAGGAGCAGUUCACGGCGCAGCAGGCGCACAUCAAGCAGGGCUGGUCGCGGCUCGCCACGCUGCACUGCGUGCAGCUGCCCGACAAGGUGGCGGCGGCGGGCAGCCGCGUCUUCAAGCGGCCGCAGGUGGAGAUGAUGGCGCGGCGCUGGCAGCACCACUGCCUCGAGGUGCGGCAGGCGGCGCAGGCGCUGCUGCUGGCCGAGCUGGAGCGCCUCGGCCAGAAGGGCCGCAAGGCGCUGGUGGACAGCUGGGCGCCCUUCCUGCCGCUCUACAACGCGGCCGACCCGCCCAUGCACCCCGACACGCCCGACUACGCCGAGGAGGAGGAGGAGGGCGCCGAGGAGCUGUGCGUGCGCAAGCCGUCGAGCGCGGCCGAGCUGAAGCGCAAGCAGACGACGGCCGUGGUGCUGCUGGGCGUGAUCGGUGCCGAGUUCGGCCAGGACAUGGGGCAGGAGGCCGCCCCGCCCCGGCGCUCCAGCCAGGACGUGCGGCGCAAGAGCUCCGUCGUGGAGGCCUUCGCCCUGGGCAACAACAACCUGGCGCGGCUCACGAGCCUGGCGCUCACCCACCUGCUGCUGGCGCCGCCCUCGCCGCGGCUGCCGGCGCACACGGCGCUGCGCAGGGCCGCCGUGGACCUGAUCGGGCGCGGCUUCACGGUGUGGGAGCCCUACCUGGACGUGAGCAAGGUGCUGCUCGGGCUGCUGGAGCUGUGCUGCGACUCGGACCGCCUCGUGCCGAGCAUGACCUACGGGCUGCCGCUCACUCCGGCCGCGGACUCCAGCCGCACCGCCAGGCACGCCCUCACCCUGAUCGCCACGGCGCGGCCCGCCGCCUUCAUCACCACCAUGGCCAAGGAGGUCGCGAGGUACAACACGCUGCAGCAGAACGCCCAGACCCUCAACGUCAACCUCAGCAACUCUGUCCUGCACCGCGCCAAACCUGAGAUUUUGCAUGCUGUUGAGCAUUUAAUUGAUAAGAUGCCCUAUGAGAUGUCUGAUUUCCUCGUUGAGGUGAUGGACAUUGUCCUGCACUGUCUGGACCCAGGACACCUCAAGACUCGCAGCUUGCAGGACGUGUUCCCAGCCAUUCGGCGCUUCAAUCAGGUGUCGCAUUGCUCGCACACAAGACGCAUUGCUGUGGGAGCCAAAAGUGGCCAGAUAGCUCUUUAUGAACUGCGUUCGUCCAAAUGUCCAAUGAUUUCUGGUCAUAAUGCCCCCAUAACGGCCUGCGCCUUUUCACCUGAUGGCAAAUAUUUAGCUUCUUACAGUUGUGGGGAAAACCGGUUGUGUUUCUGGCAGCAAACAUCUACUGGAAUGUUUGGUCUUGGAAAUUCCCAAACUCGAUGCAUCAAAUCAUACAGCACCUCUCCUCUGGCAGAUAUCACUCGUCUGAACCCAAUGCGUCUUGCCAAACUAUCUUGGACAAAUAAUCGUACUGUAUCACUGAAGCUGGCUGAUAACUCAGAGACUCCUUUCAAUGUCUAGUCAUGUUUAGUCAUCAACUAUCACAAUGUAAUGGAUGGAAUUGAAAGUGUUGGCUAUUAAUUAUUUAUAAAACAAUGUUGUUAUUGAUUAUAUUCUGUAGGCUAAAACAGGUCAUGCACUGGUUGCCCAUCUUGCUUUUCAGUAUUUAUUAUCAAAAGACUAACCUUCUCAGGAGUGCUUCAUUGAAAGAGUAUUUAACCACUCCAUGUUUUUCAUAGAUCCUGAAAGUGGUGUAUUUUGGUUCCAUUAUCUGUUAUUAUUCAUUCCUCGCCUUGUUUCAUCUUUGUUGUAAAUAUGGAUUUGUUAAGUGGACAUAAUGAAUACUACACGGUCAUAAUGAUAUAGUAGUUAUUAAGUGGUUAUAGAGAGGUUCACUCUUUUUAAUCUAAAGCUAAAUUUUGCCAAUGCAGAAUUUAGGCCAUACCCAUUCCAUUUAGAAAGAUAAGGAGGGAUAGCAUAGUGCUUGUUGCAAAGACAUUUUUAAAAGUAUAUUCAGUCGUUAGAUGCUUUUAUCUUAACUGAAGAGGUGUUUAUUUUAUUCUGUGAGAUGAGAUGUCCUGUAGCCUAAUUAUGUGUAAUAUGCUGGAUUCUGUUGAUGCCUUUUGUUGCAGGGGAGAAAUCCUUUAUCCCCUGGUUGUUUGUGAUAAAUUAUAUUAUUAUUAUAAAUGUUUCAGAUUAUGUUUUA